AAGUAAAGAAAAAAUUGGUGUGUAAGAUUAAAAUUGAAGUUUAAAAUCCAAAUGUGCUCGUCGAAGAGGAUUACCUCCUUCUAUUACGAUCUUCGAGAACGAUGAGGUCGAUGAAAAGCGGGAAAUUUCGCAGCAGGAUAAGCGCAAUAAUUUUUGUAUUUCUGAUUUCUAUCGGGACAUUACAUGGUCAGGGUUUUACGUUUAACAAUCAACUGGCAGUUAUUGCAAACGAUUGUUAUACAAGAGUGGCAAUUGGUUCUCGAUUACCGGAAACUAAUACUACUACCGUUCCGGUAACAACUGUUGCUGAUUGUGAAGAUGCUUGUUCAAAUAAUAGGACUAUAUGCAAAGCCAUUAGUUUUGGAAUCGGAGUGAGAGGCAACGCAACAUGUGUCUUAGGUAACGAUGUUCCAAAUUCAAGUAUUCUAUUAUCAGACGAAGACUACGAUGUUUACGUCAGAACCCAGAAGACACCUUUCUGCGAAGCUGAUCGCCUCUUCAGUCUCAGCAGUGGUGGAAGUAUGCAAAUGCCCAACAUCACGACUACAGUCAUGCCGGACAUCAAUUUUAUGAACAAUCCACUUCCGCUGCAACCAAUCGGCAUUUUUCAAUCAACAAGACCCACUGGUUCCCGACGCACCGGAAGUACAAUCAAUCAAAAAUGGUUCCCCACCAACGAUGACGACUUUCGAUCUUACGACAUCGAACGCAACAAGAAUCAAAAAGACUCCCACGAAAAGACUCCCCAACACCAUCAUCAUCAUCACCACCACAACAACAACAACAACAACUAUCAUCAAUACGACAAAAUCAACGAUUCAGACGAAAAAGAACCUGGCUUCUUCGACAAAUUCGACUACGGCUCUCUAUUCGGUCACAAAACCGAAACAAUCCUCGAAUCAUCAAAAGGAACUUCCGAAGAAUCCGGAUUCGGAAAUUUCUACAUCAACAAGAAUCUCUACCCCACCGAUUUAUCCGAUUCUCAAAAACCAGUUGUUCAUCAAACCUACUUGACAAUUUCUGGAAGUAGCAAAACAGGAGGAACCUCAGGAGGAACUAAGGGUUAUGAUUUCGAUAAAUCAUUCUACGCCUCUGACGAGAAUCCACUGACGAAAUCUUAUGGAUUUGUAAUUGAUCAUAAUUUACACAAUACAGGAUAUUCUGGAACGAAUACGGAGGGUUCGAGUCGUCGAACAGGUGUGGAUCUUAAACCAGUUUCAAUUUUCGAAUUGUAUGGCGUGGAUAAGGGGAAAACGUGGAAGGAUAGAUCCAACGAUAACGGAUCAAGGUUUAAAUUAGAUUCAAAUAAUGGUCACAGAAGUCGGGAACCUUCAACACAUACUCAUAGAGUAACAGAAAAUGAUAGCUUCCGACAGAAUGCACGGUCACCAUCAGGCACUUCCGCUUCCAAAAAUCCACCGGAACGAAGUUAUUCUCAUUAUAACUCGGGUGGCAAUGACAGAACACGUGGAAAUAGUGUCCCUAAAACUUGUUAUCGAAAAAUACCAGGGAAAAAGGUCGCUGAAGUUCACAUAAGAAAUACACUAGAAUGCGAGAGAUUGGAAGACUGUCGACAGGAGUGUGAAAUGCAAAAAACUGUUCUCUGCGAGGGUUUCAGUUAUAG